GGCAUCUUUCCAGUCUUCUCACCACUCAUCUAUCCAGCACCAUGGCCACAAUUCCAGCCCGUCUGGCAAAGGCCACAAAGUCCAUUCACUCUUGGGAAGAGGCUCGAAGCGCCUCUCUUGCUGCCUACCGCACAUGGUACAGAUCCGCCCCUGAGAUUGUGCAGCUCUAUGGACUGCAUGUAUCCCCCACCCUCGUCCGAAUGAAGAUCAGACAAGAUUUCGAGAGAAACAGGGAAACCAUCACCGACCUCUCUGUGAUGAACAUUAUGCUGCUCAAGAACCACCAGGAGUUCCAGGAGACCAUGAACUUGUGGAAGCAGGAAGUGAGUUGGAAUGAGUGGAUUGGUUGGGUCUGAGAUUGCUCAGUGCCGAAGGUGUCCGACCCCAGCUGUAUGGCGUGGGCGACCUUGGAGAACCCCGACGAUCUCUACCCGUGAACCGGAAAUGUUCCAAGAAGAAGAUGCUAAUCAGUCUCCCCUCUAGCCCCAUAUCAUGCACUGGUUCAAGUCGAUCGAAGACCCUCCCAAACCCAAGACCUUCCUCGACAAAUUCUACGCUGGGCGAGACGACCCAUCACAACUCGAGCCUACGUACUAGAUGGGGGAUCGUGGGGUUGCGGCUGUUAAGAGAGGAUGCCGAGGGAUGGGGCGAGAGUGCGACGGGCGCAUGCAUAGGACUUUCUGAUAUCUGAAGGGUUCCAGAAACGUCGAGUGACAGA